GUUAUUGGUUUUCGUCGUUAUCCAACUUUAGCUGCUAUUCACAUCGAUACACCAUUCAGUUUGAUCUGUGCUUCUUUGUAUACAUGGCUAGAUUUCAGCAUCACUAUUGUAGAUACUGGUUUUUGUCGUAAUGAUUUUUAUUCAACGGAUAAAAAUUAUAACAGUACGAGCAAUACUUCAACUAUCAGAUAUUUGAAAUAUUAUGGUACGGGAUCGAAAUUAUUGUUCUUUCAGCUUCUUAUGGACAUUCCUCGUUAUCUGUUUUUGUCCUAUAUUACUGUCAAAUUAUUUACACUACUUAUCAAACGAAUUCGAUACAGAAAAAUCGUAGAUAAACGAUUGUCACGCGAACAACAGAAUCUUCUUUCUUCUUCACUACCAAAUUCAGUUGAAUCAUGUUAUGUGAAAAAUCUGUUGGAAAUGAAUAGUACAAAUAAGUCUACGAAUUGCUUUGCAAAGACUUUUGGAUUUAUCUAUACAUGGCGCGAUGAUUUUCGAUUUUCAUCACGUGUAAUCUCUGUUUAUGCAGCAAUUUCAUUGUUACUUUUCUUUAUUACUGUACAAGCAUUGGUCCGAAUUCCUCCAAGACUCGUCGAACUUCGUCCACAUAUUCAAACGGGAGUUGAUGUACUUGUCGCAAUAUAUUUAAGAAUUGAUCCAAAUUUACAAACUGACAAAGAUCAAUCCUCGAAUUUUCGUCUACCUAACUUUGAUCGACCUCGAUAUGUAUUUUUACAACAUAAAAUCAAUAUUUUAUCACUUAACAAUCGACGUGUAUUUAUGAUUUUCUUAUAUUUCAAUAUUUUUCUCGAUGCUUUUCUUGGUUUAUUGGCUGCAUUUAUUCGUUUACUCAAAAGUACUAUUGGUGGAAUUGUAUACAUGUGUCGACUUGAUUAUUCACCACUUGGUCGAAAACUGGAAACCAGUGAUUCAGGUUUUAGUGCCUAUUGUGGAUUUAUUCAUGUAGAAUGUGCUCAUCGCCAUCCUGUGCUUUUGUGUUUUAUCAGUCAUCUUCUUCGAGAUCAUCUUUACAAACAAUCAUUCAAACAUUGGUCGAAAGCACGACGUAAAUGGGCAUUGGCAAUUUUUCUUGUGAAUAAUCCCAAACUAGUUAAUCGACGAAAACAAUUUCUGAAUCGAUCAACAAAAAAUGAAGUGAAAAUUACUUUGAUUGAAAGAAAAAAUGGGAAUAAAACAGAUAUAACAUCAUUAUCCACCGUAAGUCAUCGAUCAAGUAUUGGUCUUCAGUUAGCACUGGAUGAUUUAUCGGUGCGAGAACAAUUCUAA